AUGGAUGCGAGGGAGCAGAAUCACUUGCCGAAGAAGAAGAAAUCCGAAACGGAAGACGAGAAAAGGAGGAAGAAAAUAGUUCCCGGAAGCUUGUUGAAAGCAGUGGUGAGACCUGGAGGAGGCGAGUCAAGCCCCGUGGAUGGUGAUCAGAUUAUUUACCACUGCACUGUAAGGACACUGGAUGGUGUAGUAGUGGAAUCUACGAGGUCAGAAUGUGGAGGGAGAGGUUUACCGAUAAGAGGUGUCUUGGGGAAGAGCAAGAUGAUUCUUGGAUUGCUCGAAGGAAUCCCCACAAUGCACAAGGGUGAAAUUGCAAUGUUCAAGAUGAAACCUGAAAUGCACUAUGCGGAGAAGGACUGUCCAAUUGCAAGUGAAGAUCUGGGGGUCGUGAAGAAGAUUCUGAAUGAAGGCGAGGGCUGGGAAUCUCCCAGAGAACCCUAUGAAGUAAAAGCCAGGAUUUCGGCUAAAUCUGGUGAUGGAAACGUGAUAUUCUCUCACACAGAAGAACCUUAUUUCUUCACGUUUGGAAAAUCUGAGGUGCCUAAAGGUCUUGAAAUCGGAAUUGGAACGAUGGCUCGGAAGGAGAAGGCAGUGAUAUAUGUUCGCAAGCAGUACUUAACCGAGUCUCCUUUGAUGCAUAUAGUUCAAGACCUUGAGGAAGUUCAUUUUGAGGUUGAACUGGUCCAUUUCAUUCAGGUGCGAGAUAUGCUUGGAGAUGGACGUCUCAUAAAACGUCGAAUUCAAGAUGGAAGAGGCAUGUUUUUAACAGUUUCUUUAAGAGACCCCAGCGAGUUUCCAAUGGAUUGUCCUCUCCAAGACAGUCGGUUAAGCGUUCACUACAAAGGCAUGCUUCUUAAUGAAGAGAAGACUGUCUUCUACGAUAGCAGGAUUGACAACAAUGAUCAGCCGUUAGAAUUCAGUUCAGGAGAAGGACUGGUGCCUGAAGGAUUUGAGAUGUGUACUCGUUUGAUGCUACCUGGAGAGACUGCUCUUGUUACAUGUCCCCCUGAUUAUGCAUAUGACAAAUUUCCAAGGCCGCCUGGUGUUCCUGAAGGUGCACAUGUUCAGUGGGAAAUUGAACUUCUUGGCUUCGAAACACCAAGAGACUGGACUGGGUUGAACUUCCAGAGCAUCAUGAAUGAGGCAGAAAACAUCAGAAGCACGGGUAACAGGCUGUUCAAAGAAGGAAAAUUCGAGCUCGCAAAAGCAAAGUACGAAAAGAAUAUGCUACAUUUGAAUGUUGCGGCGUGCUUGCUUAAAAUGGGAGAGUGGAGAAAGUCUGUAGAAACAUGCAAUAAGGUCCUAGAAGCAAAGCCUGGCCACGUGAAGGGUCUCUACCGCCGCGGAAUGGCUUACAUGGCAGGUGGAGAGUAUGAAGACGCUAGAAAUGACUUCAAUAUGAUGAUCAAAGUGGAUAAAUCAUCAGAAGCUGAUGCGACAGCCGCACUAUUGAAACUGAAGCAGAAGGAACAUGAAGCGGAGAGCAAAGCUAGAAAACAGUUCAAAGGAUUAUUCGACAAGAAACCGGGGGAGAUAACCGAAGUCGGUUCGGAAAUAAGAGAAGAGCCUAAAACCAUAGAAGAAGUAGAUGAGACAAAGGAUAUCGACGAUGGCGAUGAAACACAUGACGAAGAAGAAAGAGCGACGACGGUGAGCACGGACAGGAAGAUAAAGUGGUCGGAGAAAGCGUGGCCGAUGAUGAAGAACGUGAUGCUUCAGAUCGGUAUCCAGCUCGGUGUUGCUCUGUUAGGUGUUUUGAUUUUCCAGUUUGUCAGCGCCAAAUUCACAUGA